UUUACAACUCGCGAUAGAUUUGAAAAAGACUACUCUUUUACCUUCAAGAAGCUCGAAUACUACAUCAUGUAAAACCAUCUCCCUGCCUUCAUUUUUGAUCAUUUGGCUACCGAAAUUCCGGUAGUUCAAGUUACAAUGUACGCCCUGACCCUUUUCUGAAACGUUUGUGAUUUUGUAGCACAAACUCACAAAAGUACGCCUAUCGGCUAUCAGAUGAUACAUGUGAUACAAGUUUUUGGAAUAACUUUUAGGCAGAAUAUAUUGGUCAUUGAUUUUCAGUUGCUGAUUGCUUGAACAUGUCGGACAGUUGCUCGUUGCCAAUGUUCACUGUGGACUCGUUCACAGACACGCCGUUUUCGGGAAACCCAGCUGCUGUUUGCCUUCUGUCAUGGGAGUUCCCCGAGCACUUAAUGCAGCCAAUUGCACGGGAGAUGAAUUUGUCUGAGACAGCGUUCAUUGAACGGCUUAAUGCAGCUGAUGAUUUCCGUAGUUCGCGGCACUUCAAGCUACGUUGGCUGACACCCACCUGUGAGGUGAAUCUCUGCGGCCAUGCCACACUAGCUGCGGCGGCAGUACUGUUCAAAGCUCUAGAGAAUCCUGCUGAUGUCAUCACAUUCUCAACGCUCAGUGGACAGCUGAAGGCGAAAAGAGACGGUGAGAAGAUCUGUUUGGAUCUACCUCUUAAUGAGCCCGAACCGCAGGACAUUGGACUUGAUUCUAACAUACAGCAGCUAGUGCUGGGCUCAGAUCUACCCCUUCAAGAAGUGUUCUACUCGGCAGCAACAAAGAAACUAGUCCUGCGACUUCCGGACAGUGUUUCAAGAGGCCAGCUUGAGGCACUACCUGUGCCGAAUCAGCUGCGCAUGCUGGAAAGCCAUGAUGCUAGUCGUGUGCGCGGCGUCAUUGUCACCAUCAAGUCUUGCUCUGAUGACAAGUACGACUUCUUCUCUCGCUACUUUGCUCCCUGGAACGGUAUCGCCGAGGACCCAGUGACAGGCUCAGCACACACAGUCCUUGCACCGUACUGGGCCAAGCAGUUGGGUGUCAGUCGUCCAUUGAACGCACGUCAGGUAUCACCCCGCGGUGGCGAUCUUGUCUUACGCAUUGCUGGCGAUCGGUUAGAGGUCCUAGGAGCGGCUUGCGUUGUGAUGAAAGGCGAGCUUCUCCUACCUGCAGCGUGAUGACUAAUCGCGGUAGGCCGUUCACACUGGGACCUGCUUAGAUCACUAGACCUACUUUGAAGUGCUCAUGUCAACUUCACUGUAGCGUUAACCGUUUGUACAUAAAUAUUGUUUCUUGAUCAGCCAAUGCAGGCGUUGGUUGUGAUUACUAUAAUGCAACUUUUUUGGACUUUUUAUAUUGCUGGUUCAAAGCUUUCUAUUACUCUAGGCGAUGCUUCCCGUUGACUCCGUUCACUGGUUGAGAUGCAGUCCUGUCUCACGUAUCCA